AUGGAGGCCUUGUGGCCGGUGCGCCAGCCUUACGGCCUGAGCCUCUUUCACCAAAAUGCUUGUAUCGCAAGUGCAGCAACUGCUCCGUUGCCUUCGACCACCACUUCUUCUGAGCACGCGACGUCACGCUCCAGUUCGAAAGCGCGCACACACCGGUUAAAAAAGCUUCGAAAGAUUGAUAUGGGGGUCUCGAGCUCGAGGAGCAGUCGCUUGAGAGAUAUUGGGGGUACGGCGAAGGAGCGGCGGAGACGUGGGGAGAAGUCACAGCGGCUGCAUGUGAAGACCAGACAUGACGGCUUGAGAACGCAGAGGGUCAAGCGGUCACAGCAGGAGUCCUGUGGUGCUACUGCUCGACCAGGGGCUUUGCAGAGCACUCCUAUUACCAUCGACAGCGACGUUGACGAAGACACUGAAGCUGGUGAUGAUGUGCCUAAGAAGGAUGGGUCUACCCACGCAGCCUCCAGUUCGUCGCGCUCCAGGAACACUACGUUGCCUCCGUAUGAACGUUUGGGUAGUAUCUAUUGGACCCCUGUGCGGGACGUUGCGUCAGGUCCAUCCACGCCUAUCGUACAGCCAUCAGUUGAGAAGAGGGGAAAAGAGCGACGCGAAAGUAACGAAAGUGUGGCCACAGUAGAUACGACACCAUAUCAGAGUACGAAGACUAAAUAUGGCAUUAGAGAGACGCCCUACUUUCCCGACUCACACAGACGUCACAAGUCUCGUAGUGACCGAAGAAAACACCCGGUGCAGACUACACCCAGCCCUCCUUCGAUCUCUUCCACGACUAUCACACGUAGAGGCAGUAGCCGUCGACACAGUGCGGAGCAAACGUUGGGAAAAACGAACACUACUCCAAACUCGCACGACAUCGUGCCGAACGAUGGAAGUCCAGACACUACUGAGCAGAGCACACACGCACACGACCCUGCCACACAAUCCCAACAAGACCUCGUCCUAUCAGACAUCCAAGACCCCACUCUCCGCAACAAGAUCUCCCGACUCACAGCCGUAGCACCCUCCAUACCCAUAUGCGACAUAUACCACCUCCUCCUCGAAAAGAACGAAAACUUCCAACAAACACUGCAAGAACUCACAUCUCGCGCAAGCCUCGGCCCACCUAUCCCAACACCAACACCCUCUACUACCCACACCCCAAAACCUUCUACCAACAGAUAUCCCGCGCUAGACGCCGACGACGCCGACGAACCAAUGAUAAAAAUCGACUUCUCAGACCCAGAUUUCUUCCACGACGCAGACGAUGCGCCACUCACCCCGCCCCCAGAAACGCGAAAGUCGAAAAAGAAACCCAGAACAAAAAUAGUCGGCCGGACGCCCAAGUCCACCAAGAAAGUAAAUAAACGCUCUUUGUCUUCGUUCAAGACCCGACUCCCUCCACACGUCGCACGCGCAUGCGCGAAUAUCCGCGUCAAGCGAGCUACGCAAGCCGAUACGUACUUGCGCGAAACGAGCAGUGAUAGGGAGUUCGUGGUGGGUGAUGAGGUUGUUUUUCGGGAUCCGGAUGGGGAGUUCUAUGUUGGUGGAGGGGGGAGCGAUGGGGAUGUGGAGAUGGGGGGUUGUGAUGGGGAGGAUGGGGAGGGUUUGGGGGUUGGGAUGCGGUCGCGGUGUGGGUUUGAUGCUGGUACUGGGACUGAGGUUUUGGGGGGGAGGAAGGGGAGGGCGAGGGCUAGGGCGAGGGGGUAG